AUGUGUACUUGCCAGUGUCGUCCAUCGGGUGGGGGGGGGGGGCCCCCCCCCCGGGGGGGGGGGGGGGGGGGGGGACGGAGACACACGGAAACACAACCGGUGGAAUUAAAAUUUGGGGGGGGGGGGGGGGGGGGGGGGGGGGGGGGGAUGGGGGGGGGGGGGGGUGGGGGGGGUUGGGUGGGGGUGGGGGGUGGGGGGGGGGAGGUGUGGGGGGGGUGGGGUGGUGGGUUGGGGUGGGUUGUGGUGUGGGGGGGGUGGGUGGGGGGGGGGGGUGGUUGUGGGGGGGGGGGUGGGGUUGUGGGGGUUGGUGUUGGGUGGUUGGGUGGGGGGGGGGGGGUGGGGGGGUGGGGGGGGGUGUUGGUGGGUUGGGGGUGGGGGGCUUUGGAUAAACGUGUAACACAGACUGUUAGUCUGUAUUUGUAA